AUGGUGGCGGCAUCAUUAUAUUUGCCCAAAGAAAAUCCAACGAAACCACUAGGUGAAGAUGCACCCUUCAUCCAUGAAUUAAACCAAACAAUUGGUGUCGCUGAUGGCGUAGGUGGCUGGAUAAAAGAGGGAAUUGACGCUGGAAUAUACGCGAGAGAGCUUAUGAACAAUUCACUUAUUGCUACUGAUAUUGAACCGACAGGAGAUGGAAAUAAAGUCGAGAAAGAUAAUGAAAUUUUGAUUGUUGGAACGGACGGUAUGCUUGACAAUGUGAAUGAAAGUGAGAUUGAGGAAAUUGUUCGAAGAGGGAUGGACGAAAAGUUGAAGGCAAAAGAGUUGGCUAGUCAAAUUGGAAACAUUUCUUUGUAUAAUUCAUUUGAUAGAUUUGCAGAUACACCAUUUUCAAGAGUAGUUGAGCAGGAAUGCGUUAGCCAAAUUCACAAAGGAGGAAAAAUUGAUGAUAUUACUGUUAUUGUUGCUUAUAUACAGUGA